CACCUCGUGAAAAAGAGCAAAAAUAAAUCUGGCAAACAAAGUAGACUGUAAGCAUAUAUAUAGAUACACAAGCUCCAAAAAGGUUGCUCCUCAGGACUAGCUCAGAAAUGUGCGCUCAAAGAACAUAGAAUCAUUCUACUAUGGACAGAAGACGCCUAGUCAUUGGGCAAGGUCGACAUGGAGCCGUGAUUGCGCAACCAACGCCCUCAGUUCCCACAGUCUGGGAUAAAAGGAGUAGACCAGGCACUACGGACGCCAAUCAAUGGAGAGCAACUUCUUUAGGCGGCCUGGAGGGAUGGCAGGCCGUCAAGAUUGUUUCUGCCCCCCCAGAUGGAAGAUUGAGAAGCAUGCUGCCUCAUGAUGUAGGGAAAGAAGUUGCAAUUCUCAAGAGAUUGGAUCACUCAAAUAUCGUCAAGCUUGUAGAGCACCACUACGACACCGAUCUCCUCGAGCACUACCUUCACUUUCCAUUAUUUGUCUGCACUCUGACCGAUUUAUUCAGAGAUCCUUCCUUUCCCUUCGAGCCACCUGCUAUUCCUCUACCACAUCCUUCUCCUCAGUCGUCUCUCAGCGUCACCACAGGUUUAUCAUAUCAGCUGCUCACAGCCCUCGAUUAUCUGGCAUCCAAUGACGUUGCCCACCGCGACAUUAACCCGUCAAAUCUCCUGAUCGACUUCUGUGGGAACCUCAAGCUUGUCGAUUUCGGUACUGCCUGGUCAGGCUCAUCUGCCUUGAUGAUGGACGCCCAAGGCGGGACUGUCGUGGGGCAUGAUCGUUCAGCAACCGGGAGAGAACAAAGCCAGGGCGACGAUGACGGUGGCAGGGCUUGCAGCUCAUGUAAUGUCGGAACGGGAGCCUAUCGAGCACCGGAACUUUUGUUUUCACCAGUGAGGUACGAUCCAUACGCUGUAGACUCGUGGGCAGCGGGAUGCGUGAUUGCCCAAAUGUUCAGGCCAUUUGGGUCAUGCUAUCCCCAUGAGUUUGAUGAUGCCGGAAGCGAUACGGAUAGUGAUAGCGACGCUAGAAGUGACGGUGAAGAAGACAGUGACAAUUGGAGCGACGAUAUGGAAGAUCCAGAUCCACUUGAUGAGUCCUGGCAUCGCGUACGAAAUAGCGGUGGCGAUGGAAACGGCACUGGUUAUCGUACUGAUACUGCAACUGGUGGUGAUAAUCGGGAGAUGGGUGAAAGACAGCCAAUAUUCGACGCUAGCUUUGGUACAUUAGGUUUGGCGGCUAGUAUCUUCAAGAUCAGGGGAACUCCAGUACUUGACAUUUGGCCUGCCUUUAACCAGCUCCCAGACGCAGGCAAAAUCGAAUUCCCGUCCUCCCACCCCACCCCUUUAACCUCUCCACUCAUUCUUCCUCAUCUCCAAGAAGGACUCGAUGAAUUGAUGGCAGCAGCAAGUGAAGUGAUAGAGGGUCUCUUGACGCUUGACCCCGAUCGGAGGCUUACCGCCAAGAAAGCUCUACAGUCGAGAUGGUUUGAAGGGGUGGAUAACGUACUUGUGCAAGGUGUUUGUCGGCCAUGGGUUGAUGUAGGGAAGAAGAGUUUGGAGCGCAAGAUUCAGAGUGUAUGGUAUGAUUUAUGACCGUCAUAAUCGCCCUAAUCACCAUCGCUUGCAGGAUAUAAUGAUAGUUGAUAGUUUACAGGUGAUCAAAUGUUGUAUGCAUAUGGCUUAGUACGUACGAAGAAC